UCUUCCGCUUUUCCCCCGUCCCUCUGUUAAACCCUCACUCUAAUCCCCCCCAAAAUCCAUUUUUUAAUUUUUCUCAAAACCCUAAUUACACACACACACACACACACACACACUGUUCUAUGUGUUCGAUUUGAAACCCUAAACACUUCUGGUUUUCACUUUCGUAUCUAAUAAUAAUGGCUAGUGCUUACUCGCCUUCCGUUACCGCUUCUCAGAUUGGUUCAUAUUUUGUUCAGCAAUAUUAUCAGGUGUUACAACAGCAACCUGAAUUCGUGCAUCAGUUUUAUGCCGAUUCAAGUACUAUGGUUAGAGUUGAUGCUGAAUCCACCGAGACGGCUUCUGCUAUUUUUCAAAUCCAUACACUUAUUCAAUCACUGCAUUUUAGUGCGAUUGAAAUCAAGACAAUAAAUUCUCUUGAAUCAUGGAGCCAAGGCAUCGUUGUGGUGGUUUCUGGUUCGGUGAAAUCCAAGCUCUUUAGUGGCUGGAGGAAGUUUGUUCAGACUUUUUUUCUUGCUCCACAGGAUAAAGGUUACUUUGUCAUGAAUGACAUCUUUCACUUCAUAAGUGAGGAGGUUACCCAUCAUCGUCCAUCAACUGUGGCUCCAGAGACCAAAGUUGAUUCUCAACCAAUUAGUUCCACUCCUUCUGAGUUGUUAGUUGGUGAAGAUGCGUUGGAGGUUGAAGCGAGGGAAAAUCUUAAUUCGAUACACUUAGAUGAAAAUGAUGAAGCUGAUUACUACAACACUUCCCAAGAAACUCAACAUCUACAGCAACAGGAAGAUUAUGUGAGUGAAGAGUAUGAGGAAGAAUCACCGCCCGAAGAACCUCACAGCACCGUGGACUAUGUACAAGAACCUAGCUAUCAAAACACAGUGGAUGAAUAUGUUCAAGAGCCUGCGCAUCAGAAUAGAGUAGAAUAUGUUCAAGAACCUGUGCACAAGCACAGAGUAGAAUAUGUUCAAGAACCAGUUUCUGCAGCAGAAGAGCCUGUUGCAGAACCUGUGAAGUUCACAUACGCUUCUAUUUUGCGAUCAAAAGGGAAGUCACCAUCAGUCCCCGCCCAACCAUCUGUCACCAAGAGUGUCACGCCUGCCUCAGAAUGGGAUCAGAUUCCUGAACCCGUUGCUCCGCCAACACCUGUUUCUUAUGUACCUGAAUCGACUACUCAGGUGCCACAAGAAUCUUUCACUAGCGAAGAAGUAGACUCAAAGUCUGUUUAUGUGAGGAACUUGCCAACUACUGUUACUAGUCAUGAAAUUUUUGAGGAGUUCAAGAAUUUUGGUAAAAUUAAACAAGAUGGCGUGUUCUUGAAGAAUCGCAAGGAUGUUGGCAUUUGCUUUGCAUUCGUGGAGUAUGAGGACUUAGAGGGCGUUCAGAAAGCAAUUGAGGCGUCCCCGAUUCACUUAGCUGGAAGGCAAGUUUAUAUUGAAGAGAGGAGAGCAAACAGCAGUGGUGGCACUCGCGGGGGAAGAGGAAGAGGAGCUGGAAGAGGGCGGGGUGAUGCCCAAAGAGGAGGACGUUACGGUGGUGGUUCUUAUGCCAGAGGCAAUGGGUAUCGUUAGACAUAAUACCAAUGUUUACUACAAAGACGGCAUGCCAAGGUUCUUGGGAGGGUCUGUUUUUUGCGAUAAAGGUUUUGGUUUAUAAACAAACUUCUGGAUUGUGGUUUUGUGUUGCAUUAUGCUCAUCUUGUUCAACAUGUUGAACACAUGUUAGAGAAUUGAUAUCUGGGUAUUGAUAUCGCACAAGCGGUAUCCAUCUCCUGGCUGUUUUUUUAAAACUUUCAAUUUAAAGAAAUGCAUGUUUUUUUUGUCA